AUGGUAGAGGUUCUCUCCAAAGGCAGGGCCAAAUCAACAAGGAUCAUGUCCCUCCUCCGCAGGUUGGUUUGGCUUUCUCUACGGCACAACUUUCAUAUAUUCCCUUCCCACAUCGCGGGGGCUGAGAAUGUGGUGGCGGACGCCUUGUCCCGUUUUAACUACACCAUCUUCUUCCAGGCAAUGCCAGACGCAGAUCCGGAGAACAAUCUGACUGCAUUCAGUGAGUUUUUACUUUUAGGAUUCCAAGUUAGUAAAAGUUUAAGAAUUUUCUUGUUCUGUCUUCUCCUGGUGGUUUACAUUGGGGCAAUAUAUGGGAACCUCCUGAUAAUCACCCUGGUGUCCACCAGCAAGAUCCUCCACACUCCAAUGUACUUCUUCAUCUCACAACUGUCCAUCGGUGACAUCUUGCUAGCCACUGAUGUUGUCCCCAACAUGCUCCACAUCCUACUGAAUAAUGGGGGGGCCAUGACCAUUAUAGGUUGUCUCACUCAGUUUAAUUUUUUCUGUGCCGCAGAAGUAUUUGAAUGUCUCCUCCUCACAGUGAUGUCAUAUGACAGGUAUGUGGCCAUCUGUAAACCCCUUCAUUACACCUCUGUUAUGACAAGUGUUUGUUGUGUAAAGUUGGCCAUCAUCACAAUGUUACUUGGUUUAUCUAUGGCUUUUACUGAAGUUAUAACAAUAUCGAUGCUGACAUUUUGUGGACCAAAUAUUAUUGACCAUUUCUUCUGUGAUCUACUACCUUUGCUAGAUGUUUCAUGUUCAGACACCUUUAUUGUCCAGACAGAAAUCUUCUUACUUAGCAUACCAUCUGUUUUCAUACCGACCGCAAUAAUCAUUUAUUCAUAUGUUAAUAUUGUUCUUGCUAUUAUAAGGAUCCCAUCCAGUACUGGAAGACAGAAAGCCUUCUUCACCUGUAGCUCCCAUCUCACUGUGGUCUCCAUAUUUUAUUGGUCUCUGUUCAGUGUGUAUGUUGUCCCGAGUAAAGGGAAAACCUUGACUAUUAGUAAAAUCCUCUCCUUGAUUUACACUGUAUUUACCCCUAUGAUGAACCCCAUAAUAUAUAGCUUGAGAAAUAAAGAUAUAAAAAGAGCUGCAUAUGACAUAAUCCAUAAGUCUAGAAGGUGA